AUGAGGACCCACACGGGAGAGCGGCCGUACGGCUACUCCGUCUGCACGGCACGAUUCUCUGAACGGACAAGCCUCACCAGACACAUACGGACUCAUACGGGGAGCGGCCGCAUCAGUGGCUUGGUCCAAUGUCCCCACUGCGACUUCAGAUGUCUGGAACAGCAACGUCUGGAUAGACACGUGAAGAGAUGUCACGGUCACAUCGGCAGGAACGGCAGGCACAAGUGCGAGUGGUGCAUCAGUGGCUCGGUCCAAUGUCCCCACUGCGACUUCAGAUGUCUGGAACAGCAACGUCUGGAUAGACACGUGAAGAGAUGUCACGGUCACAUCGGCAGGAACGGCAGAUUCAAGUGCAAAUGGUGCAUCAGUGGCUCGGUCCAAUGUCCCCACUGCGACUUCAGAUGUCUGGAACAGCAACGUCUGGAUAGACACGUGAAGAGAUGUCACGGUCACAUCGGCAGGAACGGCAGAUUCAAGUGCAAGUGGUGUCAGUACUCGACCGACCACUCCUCCCAUAUAAAAUACCACCGUAGGACCCACACGGGGGAGCGGCCACAUCGCUGCUCCGUCUGCACGGCACGGUUCACUCGACGGUCAACGCUCACGAGACACAUGCUUACCCACACUGGAGAGCGGCCGCACCGCUGUGAUAUCUGCACAGCGCGGUUUACUGAACAGUCAAACCUCAGCACUUACAUGCGGACCCACACUGGGGAGCGGCCAUACGGCUGUUCUAUCUGCACGGCACGGUUCGCUCUUCGAUCAAGCCUCACCAAACACAUGCAAACCCACACUGGGGAGCUGCCAUAUGGCUGCUCCAUCUGCACGGCAUGGUUCGCUGAACGGACAAGCCUCACCAGACACAUACGGACUCAUACGGGAGAGCGGCCGUACGGUUGUUCACACAGCCAUGCCCGAUUUGCUGAACGGUCAAACCUCACUACACACAUGAGGACCCACACGGGAGAGCGGCCGUACGGCUGCUCCGUCUGCACGGCACAAUUCUCUAAACGGACAAGCCUCACCAGACACAUACGGACUCAUACGGGGGAGCGGCCGUACGGCUGCUCACACUGCCAUGCCCGAUUCGCUGAACGGGCAAACCUCACUACACACAUGAGGACCCACACUGGGGAGCGGCCGUACGGCUGCUCCGUCUGCACGGCACGAUUCGCUAAACGGUCAGAUCUCACCAGACACAUGCAAACCCACACUGGGGAGCGGCAGCACGGCUGCUCUAUCUGCCCGGCACGGUUUAGUCGCAUAUCAGAUCUCACCACACACCUGCGUACCCACACUAGGGAGCGGCUUUUCCAGUGCUCUGUCUGCACGGCACGUUUCGUUCAAUAGUCAAACCUGACGACGCAUAUGCAGACCCACACGAAGGACGGCCCACACGUAACUAUGACCGGUGUGUUAAAUGGUUUGAAUGGCGGGAUGACCGGUGUGUUAAAUGGUUUGAAUGGCGGGAUGGAAAGCUGAAACGUGUCGACAAGUGCAUGACCGGCUGCUGUUGUGUUUAGCUGUAAUUGUCGUUAGUCAGCUUGGUGGCUGCCCGUGUCACGUGUGGUCUCUUUGUGCUUACACACGGUGAAUCAGUAAUUGUGUUAA